AUGUCAUAUGGCUGGUUGCACCAGAAUCGACAAGCUAGUGAGGCUCAAUGUGAUCAACAACUGAGUCAGAUGAAACAUGUGAUGAUAAAUGCAGUCCAACAAAACUCUGUGCAAGUGUGGAGUGAUCAUCGGAAGUACGAUUAUUCCGAGCAUAACGAAAAUGACAAUGAUUUGUGGUAUGACCAGGCUUUUUACAAAUUUGAUAGUGAGGUUGGUUAUGGUAUGAAGAAGCUUGAUUAUGGGGUAAAUUAUUUUCAUAGCCAUAAUGAGGGUAAGAGGGUUGGUUGUCACGACGAUGAUCACGACGUGGACCUUGGCGAUUAUCACGGGCAAUGGGCGUGGAUGACUGAGAAUGGAAGUGCUUCAAACAUUGUUCAUGAACUAAUAGUCGUGCCUGAAGAUCAUCAAAGUGAAUGGGAUAAGGAUGAAGAAGAGACAAAGAGAAAAGGAGAGAAAGGAGACAGUUCUGCAACAGAAAGAAAACGGAGAAAGCUCAUGCCUCAAGAAGAGCUUUAUUGA